AUGAUUAUGUUUCCACAUUUUGGAAAGAUUUCUUUGGGUAUUUUGAUAUUCGUCCUGAUGGAAGAAAAUCUUUCAUCGUUAACUGCACAAACCUACUUAUCUUUAGAAGAAAUCCAAGAAUCCAAGAGUGCAGUUUCUUUUCUCCUGACUGACUCAGAAUCCACAGAUCCUUCUCUGUCUAUGGAAAAGAAACAACCUCUGGACCACAGAGAAGCGGAGAGACAGCGGUUGCUCCGAAGAAGACGAUCUACUCUGUUUUCUAAUGGAGUGAAAAUCUGCCCAGAUGAAAGUGUUACAGAGGCGCUGGCGAACCACAUGAAGUAUUUUCAAGUACGAGUGUGUCAAGAAGCUGUCUGGGAAGCCUUCAGGACUUUUUGGGAUCGCCUUCCUGGGCGUGAGGAAUAUAGUUACUGGAUGAAUUUGUGUGAGGAUGGAAUCACAACUAUAUUUGAAAUGGGCACAAAUUUUAGUCAGUCUGUGGAACACAGAAGCUUAAUUAUGAAGAAACUGGCGUACACAAAGGAAACUGUAAGCGGCCUUGAAUUGUCAUCUUUGGUUCCUGUCGAUGAUACCUCAACAUUGGGAGGUGCUGUUCUCAGUGUUCCAUAUCCAGGGGUGAGUUCCUAUGAAGAUACCUCACAGAGCAGGUUGGAGAGGCCAGAGGACAGUAUUAGCAAUGAAAUUGAGAAUGUGAUAGAAGAAUCCACAAAACCAGCAGAUGAGCAGAUUGCAGAAUUCAGUAUUCACCUUUUGGGGGAGCAAUAUAGGGAGGAACUACAGGAUCCAUCCAGUUUCCACCACCAGCUCCUUGUAGAAGAGUUCGUUUCCCAGGCUGAAAAUGCAUUUGCUGGGUUACCGGGCUAUAAGGACAUUCGUGUACUUGACUUUAGGUCCCCCAAGGAAAAUGGCAGUGGCGUAGAUGUUCACUAUGCAGUUGCCUUCAAUGGGGAGGCCAUCAGUAACACCAGCUGGGACCUAAUCAGCCUUCACUCCAACAAGGUGGAAAACCAUGGUCUUGUGGAACUGGACGAUAAGCCCACUGCUGUUUAUACCAUCAGUAACUUCAGGGAUUAUAUUGCUGAGACACUGCAUCAGACUUUUUUGCUGGGGAACUCCUCUUUAAAUCCAGAUCCUGACUCCCUUCAGCUUAUCAAUGUGAGAGGUGUUUUACUUCCCCUAACUGAAGACCUAGUUUGGAACACCCAAAGUUCAAGUCUUCAGGUAACCCCACCAUCUCUUCUGGAUACCUUUCAAGCUGAAUGGCCCUCAGCAGAUGCAUCCACCACCAGCAGUAUUUCACCACUUGAUUUCAGCUCUGGUCCUUUGUCAACCACUGGCAGGGAACUCUUGUCAGAAAGCCCUUUGGGUGAUUUAGUGUCUACACCCAAAUUAGCCUUUCCCUCGAAGGUGGGCCUCAGUUCUUCCCCAGAGGUUUUAGAGGUUAGCAGCUUGACUCUUCAUUCUGUCACCCCAGCAGUGCUUCAGACUGGCUUGCUUGUGGCUUCUGAGGAAAGGAAUUCUGGAUCUCACUUAUUAGAAGAUGUAUUAACCAAAGUUGAAGUGUCAGAAGAUUUUCUUUUGAUUGAUCCAUUGCCUUCAAGUCCACUCACUCAUCUAGUGCCAAAAGAAACAAUACCAUCCAUAGAAGAUGCCGGGGUUUCUUUGACAUCCUCCCCAUAUGUGAUCUCCUCUGUCACAUUAGCUAUUGCUAAAGAAAUAACUAUACCUUUCGGCAUGGACUCUUUGACCUCCAAAGUGAAAGGCCAAUUAGAAGUGAGCACUCUGAUGUCAGACACAUCCAUGGAAAAAGAGUUCAUGUUUGAGAGUGGCUUAGGUUCAGGGUCUGGGCAAAAGGUGAGUCUGAUUACUUGGCCGUGGAGCGAGACUUCAUUAGAGAAGAACACUGAACCACUAUCCAAGUCAUGGCUUGAAAAGGAGGAUUCACUUUUGCCAACUGAGGGUGUCGAUGAGAAACUAGUUACAGAUGACAAAAUGGAUUCCACAGAAGAAAGUACUGAGUCCUCAAAAUAUGGGCAUUUUGAGAGAUCCACAAACUUUGCAGAGGAAGAGCCCCUUGAUGGACCUACUGUGCCCAUCUUUGCAGAGACCACAACUCAACCUGUAUCUCUAAUUCUCUCCAAGCACAUAUCAGAGGCUUCCGGCAUUGUUACCAAAGUACCUCCUCUACUGACAGCUAUAGCAAUCUCUGCUCCUACAGAUAAACAUGAUCAAGUAGAACCCUUUCUAAAGAAGGAUAUGGAACAAACUACAGAGUCAUCCAGUCGUGAAUGGUUCGACAGCAAGAUUUCAGUAGUGAAUCGAGAUAUGCAACCUUUGUGGACCACAUUGCCAGAAUCAGAUCUAGUUUGGGCAAAAACUUCUUCCCUAGGGAAAUUGUCCAGAGACAUGUUGACAAGUACACCAGAGAGUAUUGACAAGCUCUGGUUGAAAGCUUCCAUGACACAGUCUACCAAAUUGCCUCCAACCACAAGCCCCACCCUGCUGGAGGAUGAAGUAAUUAUGGGCGUGCAGGAUAUUUCAUUAGAACUGGACAGGAUAGGCACAGAUUAUUAUCAGUCUGAGCUAAUCCCAGAAGAAAAUGGCAAAGUUGGUAGUUAUGUGGAAAUGUCUACAAAAGUCCACUUCACAGAGAUGGCUAGUGGGGCUCAGCCCACAAAAAAAGAUGACUCAAAUCAGACACAGACUGCAGGAGCUUUGCUGGUUUUCUUCAGCCUCCGAGUGACUAACAUGAUGUUUUCAGAAGAUCUGUUUAAUAAAAACUCUUUGGAGUAUAAAGCCCUGGAGCAGAGAUUUUUAGAAUUGCUGGUUCCCUAUCUACAGUCAAAUCUCACAGGGUUCCAGAAUUUAGAAAUUCUGAACUUCAGAAAUGGCAGUAUUGUGGUGAACAGCAGAAUGAAGUUUUCCAAGGCUGUGCCUCGUGAUGUCAACAAUGCUGUCUACAUGGUUCUGGAAGACUUUUGCACUACUGCCUACCAAACCAUGAACUUGGAUAUUGAUAAAUACUCCCUUGAUGUGGAGUCAGGUGAUCAAGCCAACCCAUGCAAGUUUCAGGCAUGCAAUGAAUUUUCUGAGUGUUUGGUCAGUCCCUGGAGUGGAGAGGCAGAGUGCAGAUGCCACCCUGGGUACCUGAGUGUGGAAGAACUGCCCUGUCAGAGUCUCUGUGACCUACGGCCUGACUUCUGCUUGAAUGAUGGAAAGUGCGACAUUAUGCCCGGACAUGGGGCCAUUUGUAGAUGCCGGGUGGGUGAGAACUGGUGGUACCGCGGUGAGCACUGUGAGGAGCUCGUGUCCGAACCCUUGGUGAUAGGUGUGGCCAUCGCUGCUGUGCUGGGACUGCUCCUCGUCUCUUCUGCUGUCAUCUUCCUCCUCGUCAGGACUCUUCAAGCUCAGAAUGUUAGGAGAGAAAGAGAGAAGCCCUUCAGUGGCUCUAGCAGGCAGCCUGCCAGCCUCUCAUUCAUUGAGGAUGCUGUGAAGUGCAACCCCGCGUAUGAAACUCACAUGGCUGGACUCGAGCAACAUGAGGGACUUGAUCCUCAGCAUCCCUUCUGCAGCUCUGCAGGUGGAGAGGUGAUUGGUGGUCUGAGCAGAGAAGAAAUCAGACAAAUGUAUGAGAACAGUGGGCUUUCCAGAGAGGAAAUUCAAGAAAGAAUGAGAAUUUUGGAAUUGUACGCCAAUGAUCCUGAGUUCGCAGCAUUUGUGAGAGAACAUCAAAUGUAA